AUGCAGCACGAGCUGCCCUACUCCUCCUCCUCCGCGCCCGCCGCGUCCGCCGGCCCGCGUCUCUCGCUGCCCGCACGUCUGGCGCAGCGCGUCUCGCUGCGUCCCGUGCUGCUCUUCUCCUCGCUCUUCAGCGCCAUCUAUCUCUUCCUCGUCGCCGCCUCGAGCUUCCGGCGCGCAGACGACACGCAGACGACCGAGAACGGCCUCUACACACGCGAGAUUGUGCCGGCCAUUCUCUUCCUUGUCGCAGCGGCCAUUGAGGUGCUGGGCUUCGCGGGCGCCAUCACUCAACGUCUUGUUCUCGCUCGCGCCUAUGCGUACGCCUCGCUUGGAGGCUGGGCUGCCAUUGCCGCCGCGCAGCUCUACACCAUCGUGACGCACUACACGAUGAAGGCCAACGUCAUCAACGCUUGCACAGCGCGCAACACGGGCGCCUACUCGGUCGACGACAGCUACUGGCUCUGGUCCUCCAGCAGCUCUGGCGGGCAUCAACUGACAGCCGACGAAGCGCGAGCCUCCUGCCAAGAAGCCUGGUCGCGCUCCAAGACGACGCUCAUUGCCGCUCUGAUCCUCUCCCUGGCACUCGGCGCACUCUUCGUCCUCUUCGCCUUCGGCUUCGUCCGUCAGCUCCUCGAUCCUUCCUCCGUGCGCGUGGCUCGCGGCAGGACGCAGGUGUUUGAGAACCAUCAGGAUCCCUUCGCUGGACCGGGAGCCACAGAUCCCUACGAUGCUCGUCGCGGUCCGUACAGCUACCCGCCUGCCGCCGGCGGUCCCUACGCGCCGCCGGCUGGCAUGCCGCCCGGCUACGCGCCGCGCGAUUCGUUCGAGUACGAGCCGGACUCCAAGUCGCCCGCCGGACAUGGCGGCUACGACUACGGCUACUCUGCGUUCGAGAGCCGCGAUAGCCUCUCGGGCGCCAGACCGGGAAGCUCGCGCAACGUGGCGACGCAGGAGGGCAAUGUGCGAAGAAAAGACUCGAAUGAGACGCUGCGGGGCGUCGAGGAGCCGACGAAGGGGCGGCGCACAAGCGACGAUGCUCCGCGCAUCUGA